GCAGGAGCCUUUGGCGCGCCGCAGCUCGGGCCAUGUCGCCAUGUCCGACGUGAGGAAGUUCACGAAGCGGCUCAGCAAGCCGGGCACGGCGGCCGAGCUCCGGCAGAGCGUCUCGGAGGCGGUGCGCAGCUCCUUCGUGCUGGAAAAAACCAAAGUAAUUGAACCGCUGGACUACGAGAAUGUGAUCCUUCAACGUAAAGUUCAGAUCUACAGUGAUCCUCUCCGGGACUUGCUGAUAUUUCCAAUAGAAGAUGUGUCUAUCUCAGUCAUUGGUCGGCAGAGAAGAACUGUCCAGUCUACAGUGCCAGAAGAUGCCCUAAGAAAAGCUCAGAGUCUCUUUGUCAAAGAGUGCAUAAAAACCUACAGCUCAGACUGGCACGUGGUGAACUACAAGUAUGAAGAAUACUCAGGAGACUUUCGAAUGUUGCCAUGCAAAUCCUUUAGGCCAGACAAGAUUCCAAGCCAUGUAUUUGAAGUUGAUGAAGACUUUGAAAAGGAGGAGGAUUCCUCGUCACUGUGCUCCCAGAAGGGCGGUGUGAUAAAGCAAGGCUGGCUGCAUAAAGCAAAUGUAAAUAGCACGAUCACUGUUACGAUGAAGGUAUUCAAGAGGAGAUAUUUUUACUUGUCACAGCUCACUGAUGGUUCCUAUAUUCUUAAUUCCUACAAAGAUGAGAAAAUAUCAAAAGAAUCCAAAGGCUGUAUUUUCUUGGAUGCUUGCAAUGACGUUGUUCAGUGUCCUAAGAUGCGCCGUUACGCAUUUGAACUCAAGACGAUAGAUAAGUACAGCCACUAUCUUGCAGCUGAGACUGAGCAAGAGAUGGAAGAGUGGCUGGUAACUCUCAGAAAGAUCAUUCAGAGCAAUGCUGAGAGUUUGGUGCAAGAGAAGAAAGAUACUGUGGAAUCUGUGCAAGAUGACGAGUCAAGUACCCAGGGAAAAUCAGAGAACAUUCUGGAGAGCCUGGAGAGGAGCAUGCAUCCAGAGCUGAUGAAGUAUGGAAGAGAAACAGAUCAGCUGAACAAACUGAGCAGAAAUGAUGGAAGACAAAACCUCUUUUCUUUUGACCCAGAAGUCCAGAGGCUAGACUUCUCAGGAAUCGAACCAGACGUGAAGCCAUUUGAGGAAAAGUGCAGCAGGCGCUUCGUGGUAUACUGCCAGGACUUGUCCCUCAAUCUCCUCGCUCAGCUCAGCGACAGGUCGGAAGGAGGACCCACCAAUGUGGAGCCCUUUUUUCUAAGCUUGGCAUUAUUUGACCUGAAAAAUAAUUGCAAGAUUUCAGCUGACUUCCACGUGGACUUGAACCCUCCAUCUGUCCGUGAUAUGUUGCUAGAGAACUCCAUACCUGGGGCAGAGGACUCUAAGGGGCGAUCACCAGGCGAGAGUCUUGUGCAUGGAGUGCCCGAGUCUUGUCUGCGCUACAUAAAACGGGGUGUUUUCUCCGUGACUGACCCUCAUGUGGAAAUCUUCCUGGUGGCCCGUGUGGAGAAGGUGCUGCAGGGCAGCAUUACACACUGUGCAGAGCCAUACAUAAAAAACUCAGACCCGGGGAAGACUGCCCAGAAGGUCCAUAAGGUAGCCAAACAGGUAUGCAGCCGGCUGGGACAGUACAGGAUGCCCUUUGGCUGGGCUGCCAGGCCAGUUUUUAAAGACUCACAGGGAACUCUGGAUUCUGAAGGAAAAUUCUCCCCUCUGUACAAGCAAGACAGCGGCAAACUCUCAAAUGAAGAUAUGCUGAAGCUUUUAGCAGAGUAUAAGAAACCAGAGAAGACAAAACUGCAAGUCAUUCCAGCCCAGUUAAAUAUUGUCAUCAAAGACAUCCCACUAGACUUCACAAAUUGUGUCACAGCUUCUUAUAUCCCUAUAAAGCCCUUUGAAAAGAGCUGUGAGAACAUUGCAGUUGAAGUGGAGGAGCUUGUCCCAGAAGUUGCCAAAUACUGUUAUCCCUUCACUGUCUACAAAAACCACCUCUAUGUCUACCCCUUGCAUUUGAAGUAUGAGAACCAGAAGGUUUUUGCAAAGGCAAGGAAUAUUGCUGUCUGUAUUGAGUUCAGGGAUUCAGAUGAAGCUGAUGCUCGGCCAUUAAAGUGUAUAUAUGGCAAACCUGGAGGUCCUCUCUUGAUAACAAAUACCUAUGCUGCUGUGCUGCAUCACAACCAAAGUCCGGAAUUUUACGAUGAGAUUAAAAUUGAGCUUCCAAUUCACCUCCAUCAAAAGCAUCAUUUGCUUUUCACCUUCUAUCAUGUCAGCUGUGAAAUUAAUACAAAGACAACAACGAAAAAGCAAGACACCGUUGAAACUCAAGUGGGAUACGCCUGGGUCCCACUGCUGAAGGAUGGACGGAUUAUCACCUUGGAGCAGCAUUUGCCUGUUUCAUCCAACCUUCCACCUGGCUACUUGAGUCUUGGAGACACAGAGUCACGAAGGCAGUCCAGUGUGGAUGCGAAGUGGGUGGAUGGAGCAAAGCCGCUGUUUAAAAUCAAAAUCCAUUUGAACUCCACCAUUUACACCCAAGACAUGCACUUGCACAAAUUCUUCCAAUACUGCCAGCUGGUUCAGGCGGGAGCUAAGGAAGUCCCCGGAGAGCUUGUUAAAUAUCUAAAGUGUUUGCACGCCAUGGAGAUCCAAGUAAUGAUUCAGUUUCUACCUGUAAUUCUUAUGCAACUAUUUAGAGUCCUUACAAAUGUGACCCAGGAAGAUGAAGUAGCUGUCAACUGCACCAUGGUUCUCCUGCACAUCGUGUCCAAGUGCCAUGAAGAAGGCCUGGACCACUACUUGCGCUCUUUCAUAAAGUAUGUCUUUCGAGCUGAGAAACCCAGUGCCACGCAGGCAAAGAUGACCCAUGAAAUCCUGGUCCUUUCUAUGGCCACUAUCUUGAAGCAAUCAGCAGAUUUUCUAGCCAUCAAUAAGCUACUCAAGUACUCGUGGUUUUUCUUUGAAGCACUGGCAAAGUCUAUGGCAAUAUACUUAUUGGAAGAAAACAAAAUUAAGCUUCCCAGAGGCCAGCGGUUCCCUGACUCCUACCAGCAUGCACUGCAUUCGUUGCUGCUUGCCAUAAUUCCUCAUGUGACCAUUCGCUAUAACGAAAUUCCUGAGGAGUCCAGGAAUGUCAAUUUUAGCUUGGCUAACUUCCUGAAGCGCUGUUUGACCUUUAUGGACAGAGGAUUUGUUUUUAACUUGAUAAAUGAUUACAUUUCUGGAUUCAGCCCAAAAGACCCUAAGCUCCUCAUUGAAUACAAGUUUGAAUUCCUUCAAACCAUUUGCAACCAUGAGCACUACAUUCCUCUGAACUUACCAAUGACGUUUUCCAAACCCAAGCUGCAGAGGGUUCAAGAUGUAAAUCUUGAAUACAGUUUAACUGAUGAGUAUUGCAAGCAUCACUUCCUGGUGGGGAUGCUUCUCAGAGAAGCCUCUGUUGCCUUGCAGGACAACUAUGAUAUCAGAUAUACAGCCAUCGCAGUCUUAAAAAAUCUCUUGAUAAAGCAUGCCUUCGACAACAGAUACCAGCACAAGAACCAGCAGGCAAAGAUCGCUCAGCUCUACCUGCCACUGUUUGGGCUGCUCUUGGAGAACAUCCAGCGCGUGGCUGGCCGCGACACGCUCUGCCCCGGCACGACCGCCAGCAGCCCGGCAUCCAGAGAUGAAUUCGUGUGCAAUUUUGCAUCCCCCUCAAACAGAUCCAGUCUGAUUGCAGACAAAGAUACAGCCUGUGGAGCAGCACUUCCAAAUGGGCAUGAGAUAAAGAGAGAAGACUCGAAAGGAUCCCUGAACUCGGAGGGGGCAACGGGUUCCCCGGAUCAGUGCGAAAAUAUCCGCAGAAGCUCCACGAGGAGUAGCGUGUCGCACUGCAGCCGUCUGGACCAGUUUGAGAUCCGCAUGCUCCUGAUGUGCUACCUCUACAUUGUGAAGAUGAUCUCUGAAGAUACUCUUCUAGCUUACUGGAACAAAUUCUCCCCGCAAGAGCUGAUAAAUGUCCUUAUGCUUCUGGAAGUGUGUUUAUUUCACUUCAGAUACGUGGGGAAGAGAAAUAUUGCCAGGGUGCACGAUGCCUGGUUAUCCAAGCAUGUGGGAGUCGAUAGGAAAUCUCAGACGAUGCCAGCACUCCGCAGCAGACCUGGAGGGAUGCAGGUGCGACUUCAGCAUCUGGGCAGCUUGGAGACCUCCUUCACUCUCAAUCACAAUGCAGGCACGUCAGAAGCCGAUAUUGUGCACCAGGCGUUACUGGAGGGCAAUAUUGCCACCGAAGUGUGCCUGACUGUCCUGGACACCAUCUCUUUUUUCACUCAAAGUUUCAAGACCCAGCUGUUAAGCAACGAUGGCCAUAACCCACUCAUGAAGAAGGUUUUUGAUAUUCAUCUUGCUUUUCUCAAAAAUGGGCAAUCGGAAGCAGCUCUUAAGCACGUGUUCGCCUCUCUAAGAGCUUUCAUUAGCAAGUUUCCCUCAGCAUUUUUCAAGGGAAGGGUGAACAUGUGUGCUGCCCUCUGCUACGAGAUCCUGAAGUGUUGCACGUCAAAGCUGGCUUCCACUAGGAACGAGGCUUCUGCUCUUCUGUAUCUCUUGAUGAGAAAUAACUUUGAGUUCACCAAGAGGAGAACAUUUCUGAGAACACAUCUUCAGAUAAUAAUUGCAGUGAGCCAGUUAAUAGCAGAUGUGGCACUCAGUGGUGGGACAAGAUUUCAGGACUCCUUGCUCAUCAUUAACAAUUUUGCAAACAGUGACAGACCUAUGAAGGCAACGGCUUUUCCUUCUGAAGUCAAAGAUUUGACGAAGAGAAUCCGUACAGUGCUUAUGGCCACCGCCCAAAUGAAAGAACACGAAAAGGAUCCAGAAAUGCUGGUAGACCUACAGUACAGCUUAGCUAAAUCUUAUGCAAGCACUCCAGAGCUCCGGAAAACUUGGCUGGACAGUAUGGCAAAGAUUCACGUGAAAAAUGGAGACUUUUCAGAGGCAGCCAUGUGUUAUGUUCAUGUAGCAGCCCUUGUUGCAGAGUUUCUUCACAGGAAAAAACUCUUCUCCAGUGGCUGUGCUGCUUUCAGGAAGAUCACUCCCAACAUUGAUGAAGAAGGUGCAAUGAAAGAAGAUGGUGGGAUGAUGGACGUACAUUACAGUGAGGAAGUCCUAGUGGAGCUGCUGGAGCAAUGUAUAGAUGGCCUGUGGAAGGCAGAGCGUUAUGAAAUAAUUUCUGAAGUUUCCAAAUUGAUCAUUCCUAUUUAUGAGAAGCGACGUGAAUUUGAGAAACUUACUCAGCUGUACAGAACGCUUCAUGGAGCUUAUGCGAAGAUACUUGAGGUAAUGCACUCGAAGAAGAGACUUCUUGGAACCUUUUUCAGAGUGGCCUUUUAUGGACAAACAUUCUUUGAAGAAGAAGAUGGAAAGGAAUACAUCUAUAAAGAACCCAAGCUGACGGGCCUCUCGGAGAUCUCCUUCCGACUUCUUAAACUUUAUGGAGAAAAAUUUGGGUCAGAGACUGUAAAAAUUAUCCAGGAUUCUAACAAGGUAAAUGUUAAAGACCUUGAUCCUAAGUAUGCCCAUAUUCAAGUGACUUAUGUGAAGCCCUACUUUGAAGACAAAGAAAUUUCUGAAAGAAAGACUGAAUUUGAAAGAACUCAUAACAUCAAUAGAUUUGUGUUUGAAACUCCUUAUACUUUAUCUGGAAAAAAGCAUGGCAGUGUGGAAGAACAGUGUAAAAAAAGGACCGUUCUAACUACCUCGAAUUCCUUUCCGUAUGUAAAGAAGAGAAUUCCAGUCAAUUAUGAACAUCAGGUUAAUUUAAAACCAAUUGAUGUUGCUACUGAUGAGAUAAAAGACAAGACAGCAGAGCUGCAAAAGCUCUGCUCUGCCAGUGAUGUUGAUAUGAUCCAACUGCAACUCAAGUUGCAAGGCUGUGUUUCUGUGCAGGUUAAUGCUGGUCCCUUGGCCUAUGCUAGGGCUUUCCUAAGUGACAGUCAGUCUAGCAAAUAUCCUGCUAAGAAGGUGAAUGAAUUAAAAGAAAUGUUCAGGAAGUUUAUACAAGCCUGCAGAAUUGCUCUGGAACUCAACGAGCGGCUCAUUAAAGAGGACCAGCUGGAGUACCACGAGGGACUAAAAUCAAACUUUAGGGAAAUGGUGAAAGAACUUUCUGAUAUCAUCCACGAACAGAUGUACCAUGAAGAUACAAUGCAUUCACCAUGGAUGCAUGACUCCCUACAUGUCUUCUGUGCAAUCAGUGGAACAUCUGGUGAUGGAGGUUACUGUUCGCUUAGACCCACUGCUGAGAUGUAAACAUGCUGAUGACAUUUAUACAGCCUUCUCAGGAAUCCUUGGAACUGUGCAAAGGAUGCUAAAAAUUCAUGAUGAGCAAAGAUUCAAUUUUUUUUUUCCAAAAGUUACCGUGCUUUCAAACAGGGUGCUUGCUUAUUUUGCAGAGCAACAUUGAAAGUGCCUGGACAUUGCACCACUGUGCUUGUUUUCUACGUUUUUUUUUUUUUUUUUUUUUUUGUUAAAUGUAUAACAGUACAUGGAAAGUUAUCUAAGUAUGUAUUGAAUUGCUGAACUAUGAGUUGAAAUGGAACAGUACUAUGUAAAAUUGUACAAUGGAAUAUAAUAAAAUGUAAAACUACUUUGUACAUAGAAGGAGCAUAGAGUGUAUAGAAAUCAGCGUUAUACCAUGUAUGCUGCUAAAAGCUUUGUCAGACAGGGAACACACAGAAGAAAUUUUAGUCACUGGUAAGAGAUCCUCCUUUUCUGGAAAGUGGCUAGGGCUACAUACGCCUUAUGCACUCACAUAAUGAGAGUAAAUUUGCCCUUCUCUGGAAUAAUAAAAAGCUAAUUCAGAAAUUAUAUGAUUUUCAUAGUUCCCCUGUACAGAUAAUUCUAAAGUAACAACCAUGGUAGCUGAGCUUACCGACGUCUUUUCAAUUGUGGCUUACCCUGCGUGUCUGCAGGAGAUUUGUCAUUUGAUACGGAUUUUACUCUUUAUUAUUCAUGGCUUAACACAAAUAUAAACUAAUAGAUUUGCAUGUGAAUAUAUGGAAAUUAUUAGAGGAUACCUUAAAAUGAGAUGGGAAUUAUAAAGUGCUUUAACACUUUUCAGAAAAAAAAUGUAAUAAUCUGUAAGAUCUGUUAAAGAAAAAAAAAGUGCAGUGCACUGAAAUGAAAUAACUUGCACAAAUUUGUUUUUUAACAUCAUAUGACAUACAUGUUCCCUGAUAUUAGACAGAUCUGUUUUCUGAGAACAUGUUAUUUUUGUCUGGCUGGUGGUUAGAGCAAAUGUAUUUUCCAGAGUUUCUUUAUUCCUUCUCUCCCUGAAGCUUUAAUACACUAUCUCUGUCUCUCUUAAUAGGACACUUCCAGCUACAGGAAGAAGUAAACAGACCAGUAAUUCUUUUAGCCAGUUAUAUUUUUAAUGCCUGUGUUUUUCAAAAUCCCAUCAAUUGUAAAUACUGUUCCAAAAGUUCAUAGGGAAGGGUUUUUUUUUUUUUUUUUUAAUGAUGCAUAACAAAAUGCCAUACAAAUAGGAUUCCGGUUAGCUUAUUUAGCUUGGUUAUAGUGCUUAUAAAAUGUUACGCUUCUAAUUUCUGUAUCAAAAUGACGUCAAAUAUUGAAUGGACCACAUUUUGAGAUGUAUACUAUGCAUGAUUCUAAAUACCCAAAAUUAAUUGUCUUCUGAGAAAAAUUUUGUGAUCCCUAAAUUCAUGCAUAAGUUGUUGUUGUAAGCAAAAUAUAGAUAUGCCUAUAUAACAAACAGACCACAUUUCUGCUUGUAUGUGCUUUUCUGCCAGGCAGGCUCCAAAUUUAGCCUAACAGAAAGAGGAAGAGAGACUAGUAUGUUUAGUUAAGGUUAUUACCUUACUGAUUUUCAUCUUUUGGCAAAGAAUGUUUAAAGGCAGGUAGUGAGAGUUUUCCAAACUACUUCUCUAAAAGAUGCUGAAGUUGUUUAAUAGUGGGUACAUUAAAUGAUUUUUUUAGGGCUGGCUAAAAUCUAAACAUUGUUACUGAGGGCAUAUUUUGAAUACAAUAAGCAAUGGUGAGCAAUAGAUAUCCAAAAGCUCUUGCACUAUACUGCUCUUAAACAUUACAAGUAAACUAAUAGUUUUGCUGGAAUCCUGUGAAAUUCUUAUCCAUGCUUUUGGGUGUCUUUAAUGUUCCCAGGUGAUCUUUUUGACGGGAUUUUUCAACCUGUUGUUGCUUAGUUUUGCUGGAAUUCCAGUGAAAUUCUUAUUCAUGUUUUUGGAUGCCUUUGAUGUUCUAAGAUGACAUUUUUGGCUAAUUUUUUCAACUAAUUGUUGCUUUUGGAAUUGUCUUAUCAUUUUAAUUUACUAUAUUGUCAAGCUGUCUAAGUAAUUCAAGCAAAAAAGUACCCACCACAAAACUCCAGUUAGAAUAUUUGCAGUUAUUUCAUAUAUGCUUUUUGAAGCAGUGCAGUUCAGAAUACACACUUGUUAGCAGUUUUGAUGAAAAACAAAAAUAAUUGUUCUAAGCGUUUGCCUACUGUCCUGCCAGUAAACAAUCCUGCUGCUUUUGUAACAGGAAAAUCUCACAAGAAAAUUUGUCCUUUUUAGAUAGGUCAUAAAAAGGCUAGCAACAAACGGGCUUCUUUUUGCUUUAACAUUUACAUCUAUCUGGAAAUGUUGGGGAGAUGGACAUUAGAUAUUUUGCAGUUGUAUUUUGGCAACUGUGCCAGAAAAGUAUUUUCUUUAUCUCUUCCUUUCCUUUUCUUAGGAAGUUGUCCCAGUUUAAAGAAGUUCUCCAGCUUUUUUUCUUAUUUCUGGUUGAAAUAGUUUAAUUCACAGAUAUUUGGGUACCGUACUAUUUAUGUGCCUAUUUUUCAGUUCUCACAUUGGGUAUUUCCUGUUUG